ACACUGGCAAAUAGUCGACUAUAGGGAAGGUUCAUGUCUGCCAUAUUGUAUUCAAAACGAGGCUGAUAUCGACUUCCUGUUUUGCAAUCAAAAAUAAACCCAUGGUUGUUCGCUAUAGAAGAACGUUUUGUUACUUUGUUAGAGGGCUGAGAGCAGUGUAGCAGGAGGAUGGAGGCAGUCUGCGGCAAUGAGAGGGAUGAGAGGACACGUACGGACAGUGACCCCCAUCACUGCAGCGAGCCUGAGCCUGUCUGUCUUCCUCCAGAGAACACUGAAACGGCCAGCACUUCUCAUCUUGAGCAAGAGGUGGCAGGAGACAGACGUUUUACAAAAAGAAAGACGAGCAAAGUGCUGAAGAAGAAAAAGAGUGGAGUGAGCAGUAGAAAGAGAGCACAUAACUACUGUCCUCAAAAUGCAAUAGGAGAAGUCCAGUCCAGCAUUGGGGACCUGGUUUGGGCAGCAGAGCUGAUGGAGAAAGCUAGUGAAGCAACAUUGCAAGACCUGGGUGAAGUGAAUGAAUGUAUUGUACACGAUCAUGGAGAUUACUGUGUGCCUGAUGACCCUGAACUCUUGAAGCAGAUGGUGAGAGAACUGAAGAAGACAAAUCAUCAGCAGAACCAGCUUCUGCAGUCAUUGCAACAAGCAUGCAACGCCAAGGAGAUGCAAUGCGAGGCACUGCAGGAGAAGUGGGACAAUGAACGAUGGGUGGUGGUGUCUGACAUGUGCCAGCAGAUCUCCCUCCUAGAAUCAGAAAUAUGGAACUUGCGUUGCGAGAAGGAGAUUCUAGAAAAGAAAAACAAAGACUUGCAAGAGCAACUAGAUAGAAGCUCUGGAACAGUUCUGUAUUUGGGUCAGCAAGUAAAGAAUCAAGAGCACAACAGGGAUGAUACCGGGUUCUGUAUGAACAGCAUAAAAAAUGAAAGCAAGUGGGUGCGCUUUUACACAGGUUUUGACAGCUAUGAACAUCUUACAGAUUUCCUUGGCUUUGUUACUGCUGACCAAAAAUUGUGCACUGGCAGAAUUCGCAAGAAAACAGAGGUUGGACCUCAAAGUGCCCUAAGUUUAGAAGACCAGCUCCUCCUUGUUCUCACCAGGCUGCGCUUAGGUUUGCUGCUCCAGGAUCUAGCCUUUAGAUUUAGAAUAUCAGAGUCCACCGUAUCUCGUUACUGGUUGAACUGGACAGAGCUUUUGCAUGCACGGCUAACACAGAUACCGAUCCUGUAUAGCAAUAAAUAUCUAGAUGUUUUUGAACCUAAGAGAACUGUGCAGUAUGAAGGCGUCACUUGUACGAUUAUGGACUGUACAGACCUGUUCUUUGAAGUUCAAGCAAAGGAUCGCGCUAGGCCGGCUUCUACACACCCCUCUAGAAAUCAUUACUUACGACGGGGGUAUGCCAUUGCCUCUGCCAACGGUUUCAUCACUUUUUCAUCUAGUUUACCUUUUGGAAUAGCCACUAAAGUAAUGGAUGGCCAACCACAAGAAGAACUUUACGGAGGAAUAACCCCACCGUUAGAAUUUCCGCCAUUCAUGCAAAAUGUUCCAGUCCAGCUGACCCACCAGCAACAAGAAAUGAGCAGACAAGUCCUAAGCUUCUUGAGUCUCAUAGACAAGGCACUAAACUUCCGCUUUUUAAAGUGUGUUUAUCCACAGAAUAUGGAAGCCCAGGUAGAUCGAGCUUGGACAAUAUGUUGCUAUUUGGCAUGCCUGCUUCACAAUCCCAUGGGAUUAUCAUAAAAACUGCUAACAGAUUAUCUAUUGCUCUGGAUACAUUAACUACCAACAGAGCUAACAUUUCUAUAUUUGCACUAUAAACUUUAAUUAUAUUUAACUUUUUAUCUCUAACGUCCUAGUGGAUGCUGGGGACUCCGUAAGGACCAUGGGGAAUAGACGGGCUCCGCAGGAGACAUGGGCACUUUAAGAAAGAAUUUAGAUUCUGGUGUGCUCUGGCUCCUCCCUCUAUGUCCCUCCUCCAGACCUCAGUUUGAAUCUGUGCUCGGACGAGCUGGGUGCUUUUCAGUGAGCUCUCAUGAGCUUGCUGUGAGAAAGUAUUUUGUUAGGUUUUUUUAUUUUCAGGGAGCUCUGCUGGCAACAGACUCCCUGCAUCGUGGGACAGAGGGGAGAGAAGCAGCCCUACUCUCUGAAGCUAGGUCCUGCUUCUUGGGCUACUGGACACCAUUAGCUCCAGAGGGAUCGUACACAGGAUCUCUCCCUCGUUGUCCGAUCCCAGAGCCGCACCGCCGUCCCCCUCGCAGAGCCGGAAGACAGAAGCCGGGUGAGUAUGAGAAGCAAGAAGACUCCGUUCUUCACUGAGGUAACGCACAGCACUGCAGCUGUGCGCCAUUGCUCCCACACACCUCACAUACUCCGGUCACUGUAAGGGCGCAGGGGGGGGGCGCCCUGGGCAGCAUUUGGACCUCUUUUGGCAAAAGUACACAUAUAUAGUUGGGCACUGUAUAUAUGUAUGAGCCCCCGCCAAGAAAAUGUAUAUUUAAGCGGGACAGAAGCCUGCCGUCGAGGGGGCGGGGCUUCUUCCUCAGCACUAACCAGCGCCAUGUUUUUUCUCCACAGCACCGCUGAGAGGAAGCUCCCCAGCCUCUCCCCUGCAGAUACACGGUAGAAGGUAAAGAGAGAGGGGGGGGCACAUAAUUAGGCGCAAAAAUCAAUAUAAACAGCAGCUACUGGGUUAACAUUAAGUUACUGUGUUAUUCCUGGAUUUAUAGCGCUGGGGUGUGUGCUGGCAUACUCUCUCUCUGUCUCUCCAAAGGGCCUUGUGGGGGAAUUGUCUUCAGAUGAGCAUUCCCUGAGUGUGUGGAGUGUCGGUACGUGUGUGUCGACAUGUCUGAGGUAAAAGGCUCCCCUAAGGAGGAGAUGGAGCAAAUGUGUGUGUGAGUGGUGUCUCCGUUGACAACGCCGACACCUGUUUGGAUAUGUGUAAUUAAGUGCUAAGGUAAAUUUAUUGCACAAAAGAUUAGCGAACAGACAGGGAAUCUUCCCAUGUCUGUCCCUAUGUCGCAGAGACCUUCAGAGUCUCUCAAUGCUCACUAUCCAAAAUAAUAGACACUGAUAUCGACACAGAGUCUGACUCCAGUGUCGACUAUGAUAAUGCAAAGUUACAGCCAAAAUGGCAGGAAAGUAUUCAAUAUUUGAUUAUUGUAAUAAAAAAUGUUUUGCAUAUCACUGAUGACUCAUCUGUCCCUGACACAAGGGUACACAUGUUUAAGGGGAAGAAAGCUGAGGUAAAUUUCCCUCCUCUCAUGAUUAAAAAGAGUGGAAAUCUCCAGACAAGAGACUGCAAUUUCCCACAAAGAAUUCUCAGGGAGUAUCCUUUCCCUAUUAGGGCCAGGAUACGAUGGGAAUCUUCCCCUAGGGUGUCACGUUUGCCCAAAAGGUAGCGCUGACUUAACGGCUAUCCUCAGGGAUCCUGCAGAUAGCAUGCACAUUCUGGUACACUACUCAGACCGGCGAUUGUGUCGGCAUGGGUUUAUAGCGCUGUAGCAGCGUGGUCAGAUACCUUAUUAGCAGAGAUUGAGACCCUAGUAUGUAUGUAUGUAUAUAUAUAUAUAUAUUAAAGAUGCUGUCUUAGAUAGAUAGAUAGAUAGAUAGAUAGAUAGAAUGCCCAAAGAGACAGUCUACUGGGUUCUAGAGUCAACGAUAUGUCGAUUUCUGCUUGACGUGUCAUGUGGAACAUGCAAUGGACAGGUGAUGCCGACUUAAGAGGCAUAUGGAAGGUUUACCUUACAAGGCUGAGGAUUGUGUGGAGAAGGGAUCUCGGACCUGGUCUCCACAGCUAUGGCUGGUAAUUCUGAUCUUUUGCUUA